AAUUGCCGACUUCCUUCAUCCCCCCUCCUCUCUCUCUCUCUCUCUCUCUCUCUCUCUCUCUCUCCCGUGUGUGUACAAGGAAACUUCCGUGCCAGAGGUUUAGAUUUGUCUUCGUUCUUCUUAUCUUAUCUUCUGAGGAGUAGGACAAAGCCGCAAGAGGAGUCAGAGACUGCAUCUAUCUCUAUCUUGUAUCGACGGAGAGAGAAAUAGUUGUCUCUUUUGGAUUUGUGCACGGUUCUCUGAUGCAUGGCGACGUUGCUGCUGUUCUCAUCUGUAUCCCAGCAAUGAGUUUAUCAUGUCUUGUUUGUCAUAGCAUGGAUAGCCGAUCACGAUCUUUUAGGAGUUACUCUGUUUCAAGUUCAGAAGACGAGGGGCGAUGUUCUGCAGUUGUUACCUGCUUGACUCGGAAAGUCGCCGUUGCUACCGCUGGUACAGCUAAUGCCAUUUCGACGGCCAAAGUGACACCAUUCCCCAUGAUGGCAAGUGGUCAAGGCAUGACAGGAACUCCACGCCUUUUGCGAAGCCGAGCUGUGAGUAGGGACUUGGUUAGAGACUGGAAUUUUGAUCAAGUUCAUGUGGAGGGCUAGCGGUGUAAGAAGCGCUUAAGAGUUACCUUGAAAAGGAGAUAUUGUUAGUUUUGUAACUACUUUAAGUGGUUUUCUCGACUAGAUUUCUUGUACUUACGGUUAGCUGUUGUGAGUCCAUGAUACAUAUUGGACAUUUUGGAACAUUGCCGCCUUAAAUAUUUUGAACAUGUCACCGGUUUUCUUUGUUUCUAUUGUGAAUUGUGAUGAUUUGAUGCACAUAUCAAUAAAAAUAAAAGAGAUACAUCCAUCA